UACAGCAGGAUCAACUCAGAACUGAACAAUUUAAGGAAAAUGAACAAAAAUACACAAACAAGCUGAUUUCUUCCAAAGUUAAAAUCUCCUAAAACUUAAUUUUUAACAAGAGAUAUAUGGAUGAAAUAAGACUGGGAACAAAAUGCAGCAGCCAUCCACUCACUACCUGAGCAUUUUAUUUCUUUCAGCUGUUGCUUGGACUUUGUUGUGUAUUUGCACUGGGGCCAUGGAAAUAGCCCCAGAAUGCUUUCCAGAAGGACAUCGUAUUCUCCAUCACGCCUAUCGCAGCAUCCAUUUUGAUUCUCUGGAAUUGCAGGAAAAAGCCAUUCAGGACAUGAUUUGUGAUCAUUCACUUCCACAAGGGUGGUACCGCUUCAUGAUUGAAAAUAAGCCUGCAGAAAUGCCAACCAAGUGUAUAGAAAUGAACAAAUGUGGAACACAAGCCCCAAUCUGGCUAUCCCUUCAAUCAGGUUCUCUCCCACGUCCUGGAGAGAGAAAGGCACUGACUGCCUGUGGAACCUGGCAAUUCUUUUCUGGAAGCACCAAAGACUGUUGCCUCUUCCAAAUCCCCAUCUCAGUUAGACAUUGUGGGAAGUUCCUUGUUUAUCUCCUGCAACCUACUCAAGGGUGCAUGGGCUAUUGUGCAGAAGGUGAGUUUCAUGAACUCCACGUUUAUGGGUUACAUUUCUUUUCUUCCCACCUAGAGAAAUUCCAGAUUCCAGCUUUGCAUCCAGUUGUUGUUCCUGAGCUUUUGGGGUCCCAGGUCUACCUAAAAUGUACUUUCAGCAGUCCAACUUCAAAUUAUGCUAUGGGCUAUACAGUGAUCUGGUCACGACUUUCUGCAUCCAAUGUGAAAGAACAGCUUCAUCAUGACACAACUAUGCAGGCAUUCUCCUAUGUGGAGAUGGAUGGAAUUAAUUUCAGAUUGGGAGAUACGUUUGUACCAGAAUCUUUAAAAAUUGCAGAAGAUGGAAAGGAACAUAUUUUGACAAUCUUAAGUACCAUUCCUAUUACAUGUUUGGCCGAGGAUGACAUCUGUAAAAUUACUUUGCAGUUAAGCACUCAGAUUUCUGAUAACUUGUUAGGAAGGACACCGAACAUAGCCCUUUCAACAUGCCAUGUGGAUUUGGAACAAAGGCCCUGCAGAGAAAACAGCUGUGGAAAAGCAACUCUUGCUGUAAGAGUUGUGAAUGACUUUGUAGAAAAUGGAAACCUUAUCAGUUAUAUCACAGCCAAGCCAGUUCAGCCAAGUAAAUCUCUGUGGCAUGAUUAUAAGCCCAUGGAUGUCAAGGUCACAGUUCAAGACCUCCCUACAGGUUACUGCUACUCUUUCACAGAUCCACACAUAAUCACAUUUGAUGGAUGGCAUUACAAUAACUACAUGGUUGGAACUUUUGUCUUGUACAAGAGCCUUAGCCGUCUGUUUGAGGUGCAUGUACGUCAGUGGGACUGUGCCAGCCACCAUAUUGCCAUCGCCUGUAACUGUGGUGUUGUUGCACUGGAAGAGAAUGAUAUUGUUGUUGUUGACAUGUGCAACAGGCAAUUUCUGGAAACCAAGUCUCAGGUGAUAAUACAAAACAUCAGAGCCUCAUCACAACAAAAUGUCAAAAUCAUGAAGUCCUAUGGAGGAAAAAAAAUCACUAUCUUGUUCCAUUCAGGAGCUUUUGUUCGAGUUGAUCUUAAUGACUGGGGAAUGAGUUUGACAGUAAGGGCACCAAGUAGUGACUUUAACAGAACCAGAGGUUUAUGUGGUACUUUUGACAGAAAUAGUCAGAAUGACUUCCACGGGGCUGAUGGGAGCUCUUUACCUUCUCACCAGAAUAGCACAAUGGAGGAGAACUUCAUAGAAGCUUGGAGGAUAGCUCCAGGGAUGAGCUUGUUUGACCAAAUUCCGUCCUCCUCAAAAUGGCAGAAGACGGAAAGUUUCUGUUUAUGUCAGAAGAAGCCUGAACCAUACUUGCAACCUUUAAAUUCUCUGCAUACUUUUUGGGAUCCUCCCGCCCAAUCUUUGGAUUGCUAUGAUGAGAAAAUAUAUUACACUUCCAUAAUUCCAUAUCUAGAUGUCACAUCAGAUUAUGUCAUUCACUUGAAAACAGAUCCUUUAUUAAACGAUGAGCAAAGUGCUGGUAGUAUCUCUAAUCAUUGGGAAGAUCUCCAAAGAGAAAAAAGGCAAGGGUCUUUGGACUAUUCACCUAUUUCCUCUUUCCAAAGUCCAACUGACUUGGAAAGUUUUUCAUAUUUUUUCCCAGAAGAUUAUUUUGAAGGAAAGUGGCCUGAAGUUCAGGCUACAUGGCCAACUCCAAGUGGCCUAACCUCAGCUGAAGUCUUAACACAUUGUAAGGCAUUGCUUGAACAUUCUGCGAUUGGCUCAGCUUGCAAAGGAUUUCUUGGCAUCCAACUCGAUGUGGCCGUUGAAAUGUGUCUUUCAGAUGUGCAGAUUAAGGAUGAUCUCAAAUGGGGGGAAUUACUUAUUCCGUUUUUGGAAAACAUCUGUGAAAAAAAGGUCCUUUUAGAAAAUGUAACUGAAUAUUUUCAUUCCACAUAUGAGAUACCUGCUAUCCAUCACAAAAUUAUUACAGCGCUGAGAUGUCCCAAUCUCUGUAAUGGCCAUGGACAGUGCACCAUAAGGGGGUGUCAAUGUUUUGAAGGCUACAGCUCCUAUGACUGUAGGAUUGCCAAUGAGCAUUCUGUGGAGAUUUCCAGUCUACUCAAUGGAGGCUUCUGUGAUGUAAGAUCUUCCAACUGCAGCAACAUCCAAGUGUAUGGAGUUGGCUUUAAUGAUUCUCCUGAUCUUCACUGUGAAGUCACCAGACUGACUUAUCACCAGGGUGAAUGGAUAGCCAGAGAACACGAAAUUACAAAGGCAACGUUUUUGAAUCUGACAGUGGUUGAAUGCUCAAUUCCUCUUCUGAACUUCACAGGAACAGAAAAUCUUCAUUUCAAGUUUGAUAUCGAACCAUAUGCAAGAUGGCAAGUGAAAAUUUCUAAUGAUGGAUUCCAGUAUAGCAAUUCAAAAGUUCUGACCUUGUAUGAUGGACUCUGUCAGGAUUGCAAAUCCAAUCAAAAUGGGCUUUGCAAAUUAAAGGAAAAUACAUGCAAAAUAGAUGGCUUGUGCCAUGCAAAGGGUGAGCCUAGUCUCACCAGCUCUUGUCUUUUCUGUGAGCCAUCACUUUUCAAAUUUACUUGGUCUAUCAAUGAAAACAACCUGCCACCUGUGUUUCUGGCUCCAACCAAUCAGCUUCUAACUUUUGAAGGGGAGACUUUUGUUUAUCAACUACAAGCAGUGGAUCCUGAGAGAUCAGCCCUGUUUUUUACUUUAGAAGCCGGCCCUCCAGAAGCCUCCCUCUCUCCUGCUGGCCUUCUCAUCUGGCAGGUCCAUUCUGGAGAAGAGAAGAGUUUUGAAUUCACGGUUUCUGAUGAAUGCAAUGCUCAAAGCAGACAUUCAGUGCAGAUUUCAGUGAAGCCUUGUGGCUGCUUGAAUGGUGGAACUUGCAUCACCAACAUUAACUUCCCUCCUGGUGUUGGGGAAUAUCUGUGCAUAUGUCCCAGUGAAUUUGAAGGGGACCAUUGCCAAAAGGAUAUAAAUGAAUGUGAAACAAAUGCUUGUUUUCCUGAUGUCUCUUGCACAAAUACCAUGGGGUCUUUUGAAUGUGGCAACUGCCCUAUUGGGAUGAAAGGUGAUGGUAGAAAUUGCAAGUCUGAAGACUUUGCUGACAGAAUAGAAGCUUUCAUUACUAAUCAUCAUAGUAUCAAAGGUGAAUGGAAAACAAGCAAAAGUAAACAACUUGAGAAAGGCCAAGAAGCAAGGACUUUGUCAGCAAUUAAGUAUGUUAAUACCAGCAAGGUCCAUGCAAUGGUCUUGGAUAUUCCUUCAGGUCAUGCAGGAGUCCUACCAUCUCUUACUAACUGUGCUAAUAGACCUUGUUUUCCUGGAGUGCUGUGUGUUGACCGCAAACCUCCAAAGACUGGAUACUUCUGUGGCCGAUGUCCAAUAGGUCUAUAUGGGAAUGGACGAAUCUGCAAAAAAGCAUCUAGACCAGCGUCAAGUUCUGCAAAACGUCUGCCUGAUGUAACUGUGGAAGUCCCCGGGGAAGCCAAAAUCUCCUUUGCCCAAGGUGUCAUAAAGAAUUUACAAGGUAUUGAUUCUACAUCUUCACAAGAUCAUAUUCCAAAAUUAGAUACAACUUUCCAUAUAGCAAGAUAUCCUUUAACUAUUGAUAUUCAAACUCCGUUCAAAGAAAGAGUGGUGCCUCUGUCUUUUACACCAUCUAUAGGAAGAACCGUUCCAUUCAGCAAAAUAAAAAAUGGCACCCGUGGAGGAGCCCUUCUUCCAAAAAAUGAAGCAGGGGCUGCUGAAAAACCUUCAGACUAUAAACUGCAGGUUCAAGUGGAUAUCACAAGGAAUACCUCCACUCAACAAGACAUGGGCACAAGGUUGCAUGCUAUUCAGCAAAGCCAUACCUCAACUGAUCUUACACCUUCUGGAAAAUCUCUUGGGAUUUCAGCUACCCAGACUAAUUCUGACCUUGGUUCUAAAACAAAGUAUUUGAGACAGUCUGUGUGGACCACACCAGUGCCGUCAUCUUUCCCUUGGAAAACGUUGUUUUCUCUUCGUAUAGAUCAAGGUAGCCAAGCACAAAGGAGCUCUAUGCAGUCAAGAAUUUCAGGAAGAACUGCUUCAUUCAGAAAGCCUUAUGCCUCAGGUGUAAACCAUUUGGGAGUCGAUUGGAGAUCAUUUAAUAAGCGAGUCAACUGUGCAAAUAUGCCAUGUUUCCCUGGUGUGCCCUGUGAAUCAACAAAGUAUCAGACAUUCAAAUGUGGACCCUGCCCCUAUGGAUACAGUGGUGAUGGAAUACAAUGUUAUGCACUUUGUGAUCCACUGUGUGAAAAUGGAGGGACCUGUAUCGGUCACAAUAUCUGUUCCUGUGCAUAUGGAUUUGUUGGUUCAAGAUGUGAAACACUGGUUUGUAAUAAGCAUUGUCACAAUGGUGGGAAAUGUGUGACACCAGAUGAAUGUCAAUGCAAGGCUGGAUGGAGUGGUCCUUUAUGUGAAACAGUUAUUUGCAAACCCAUUUGCCUAAAUGGUGGGACCUGUAUUCGCCCAAAUAUAUGUGCUUGCCCAUUUGGUUUCUUCGGGCUUCAGUGUCAAUCUGCAUUCUGCAAUCCUCCUUGUAAGAACAAAGGGCUAUGUAUGAGAAACAACCUCUGCUCCUGUAUGGAAGGUUAUGUUGGAAGAAGAUGUCAGAAAAGUAUCUGCCAUCCAAUGUGUAUGCAUGGUGGGAGAUGCACCAGGCCCAAUGUUUGUGACUGCCCAUUUGGCUGGAAAGGAAAGCAUUGUAGUAUACCUGUGUGUCUACCCAGCUGCACGAAUGGGGGUGAAUGCAUAGGGCCUAAUGUUUGCCAGUGCUCAGGAGGAUGGGCAGGCCUCGUAUGCCAAAUUCCUGUCUGUGAACCAAAAUGCCUGUUUGGAGGCCGAUGCAUCCAACCAAAUGUUUGUGCUUGUAGAAGUGGAUACGGUGGUCUUGACUGUGGAAAGAAGCUCUCCAUACGAUGACGAACACAACAGGACAGUGAAGGUACACAUUUUGAAGUUGUUGUGCA